UCACACACAGAGAGCGCAAAAACCAAAACACACAAAAUGGCGGGAAACGAAGAGUCGAACCAAAUUUCAUCUUCACCUCCAUCGCCAUCGCCAUCUACUUCUUCUUCUUCGAAAGCGAAGAUGGAGGAACAACAAUCAGAACCAAAAGAGACGUGCUGGAGAAAGCAAGUGGACCAGAACAUAAAGCGGCUUCACUCGCUGCUCUUCGGCGCCGAGCUCGCGCUAGAGCGGCGCGACCCCUCGGCGGCUCGGAUCCUCGGCCUUCGCCUCAUCGGCUUCCUCGACUCCCAAUCUCGAUCCGACGUCGACGAGGCCUUCAUUUACCCUAUCCGCCGCGAAGCAGCCGCGAAGGUCGACGUGGCUCACCGUUCCCUCGCUCCAGAGUCGGAUCGCCGAGCAUUUGAGCAAGCAAAGAAAGCUCCGGGUCGCAUCUUUGGAAUGGGAGGAGAGAUUGACGUUGAGAAGAUUAAGCAGUCGAAGUACUUUCGAUCUCUUCUUCAGCAGUCUAAUGGAAAAACAGUGAAUGAUUUGGCAGGUCAAAUGGAGAGACGGGACAGGUUGAGUAGCAAGGCUUCAAAAUUCAUAACACAAGCAAAGUCGACAUCCAACAUCACAAGGGCCAGUAAUGGCUUAUACAAGAGUUUUUUGAGCUCCAAAAGUAACAACUCUGAUGAUUGCAUUGUUGUGGAAAAGCCUCAUGCAAAAGGUCAUGGUGCCUUAUCUUCUCCAAAAUUUGAAGAGGAAGAAAGAGCUUACGGAAAUAGUGUAGGGGCAAAACGUGCACACUUGGAAAUUUGUAGCCCCAGGAUAGAUAAUGCAAGGUCACCAUCUAGCAAUGAAGAAGCUAACCCUGAUGCUUCUGGCAUUGGGUUUGUUACUGCUCGAGCAAAAUUGGAAAUGGAUGCACGGCAAAGACGCGGGUUGGCAGGGUCACCAAGUGCUUCUGUCUCCCCACAAAGUGAAAACAAUUUUUCCAGUAGAGGGCAUGGUGUGAAAUCAUAUGGUUUUUCGCGCCGUGGAGUCCGUGGUAAUUUUGUACCCCCUAUCAAAUCCAAUGGGGGCAAUGUUGGGAAUGUGACUUCACGAAUUGCUGGAAAGUGUGAUGAUGCAUUAGAUGACUCAACAAAGAGAUGUUUGGAGAUGCUAUGUGGCCCUGAUGGUGAGCUUCCUGAAAAAUUAAGAAAUUUGGAGCCCCGUCUUAUUGAACAUAUUAGUAAUGAGAUUAUGGACAGGGAUCCUAAUGUUCGUUGGGAUGAUAUUGCUGGUUUGGAGCAUGCUAAAAAAUGUGUGACUGAAAUGGUCAUAUGGCCUCUAUUACGUCCUGACAUUUUUAAAGGUUGUCGUUCUCCUGGAAGAGGUCUUCUUCUUUUUGGUCCACCUGGAACAGGAAAAACAAUGAUUGGGAAAGCCAUAGCUGGAGAGGCAAAAGCAACCUUUUUCUACAUAUCUGCCAGUUCAUUAACAAGCAAGUGGAUCGGUGAGGGUGAAAAGCUAGUAAGAGCCCUUUUUGGAGUUGCCUGUUGUCGUCAGCCGGCUGUGAUUUUUGUUGAUGAAAUCGAUUCACUUCUUUCUCAGCGUAAGUCAGAAGGUGAACACGAAUCAAGUAGACGGCUUAAAACACAGUUCCUGAUAGAAAUGGAAGGCUUUGACAGUGGCAGUGAGCAGAUUCUGCUAAUAGGAGCAACAAAUCGACCACAAGAACUUGAUGAAGCAGCACGGCGGCGACUUACCAAGAGACUUUAUAUCCCUUUACCUUCAUCAGAAGCAAGAGCCUGGAUUAUACGUAAUCUCCUAGAGAAGGACGGACUAUUCAAGCUCUCAAAUGAGGAAAUUGAUACCAUUUGCAAUAUGACUGAAGGAUAUUCAGGGUCAGACAUGAAAAACCUAGUGAAGGAUGCUUCUAUGGGUCCACUUAGAGAAGCUCUAACACAAGGCAUGGAAAUUACAAAGCUAAAAAAGGAGGAUAUGCGGCCAGUAAUCCUUCAGGACUUCGAGAAUGCAUUGCAAGAGGUAAGGCCCUCAGUUUCCUUGAAUGAACUUGGUACAUAUGAAAAAUGGAACAAGCAAUUUGGAAGCUUAACACUCUAGCGUGAGUUUGAUUAAUGCAAUGGGGAAAGAAACUUACAGCUUGUAAGCAGGCAGUUGGUGGUACGUAAUCAAUAUCCAUUGACCUGUAUCUUGAGAUUUGAGAUCUGAUCAAUUCACAUUGCAGUUUACUUUAUCACAAUAAUGGUCGUAAUUUUA